AUGUUAAAAAUCGUUUUAUUUAUUUUAUUCUUGAAUUUUAUUGAUGAUGCUACAUUACGAUAGAGUGGUGAUGGUCAAAUGAUAUUUGUGAAUGGAAAACAACAUUAAGUAUUAGUGAAAUAAAAGAGAUUUGCAUAAUUGAGGUAAUGAUUAGUAGUACAUAAAUAAAGAUCUAUGCCAGAGUUAUCAGAAGAUGAGGGAGGAGAUGAUGGUGGAGAUGAUAUGGGAGAUGAUGAAAUUGAAGCAGGAGGAGGAGGUGGUCCAAGUUUGGGUGGAUUAUCAGGUGGAAAUCCUAGAGAUGCAGAAACAGAAGAGAAUUUAAGAUUGGAUGCUUGGUCUAUAAUAAGGAAUUUAGAUGAAUUUAUGAUUGUACAAAAUUAAAGAUUGAUGGAUGCAUUGUAUGGAGAUGCAAUUGAAUAAAAUGAAGAAAUGGAAGAAUUAAUCUAUGAUUUGACAGAUAAUAUUGAUCAUUGGACCUAUAGAGUCUAUAGUAAAUUCUAAAAAAUCAAUUUUGCUUUAGAAGACAGUAGAUAUACAUCAGCAAAAACUGCUAUAAUAGUAUAGUUUAUAUUUUAUAUGUUUAGGCAAUCGAAAGUUAAAUCAGAAAAGCUAAUUAAUAACUUAAAAUAUAUUAUGGAUAAUUGUAUAGAUUGUAGGAUCAAAUCCCAGAUGAGGAAGAAUAAUGUGCAUAGUUUUAUACAUGCAAGGAAUGUUUGAGUAAUCAGGGUUGUGGAUGGUGUCCAUUAAAUGAUAAAUGUGUUGUUGGAGAUGAAAAUGGACCAUUAUUUUAAUAAUGUCAAUAUUAUAAUUAUUAGUUUUGCUAAGGUAAAUAAUGUUUGAAAUAUUCUACAUGUAAUGUAAGAAUAUCAAAUUAUAAUUAGACAUGCUUAUCUGAUUCUGAAUGUGGAUGGUGUUAAGUUGAAGAAGAUGACAUUAAAGUAUGUCUAUAAUAACCAAGAAAUUUCUAAGGUUGUCCUGAGGGUCAUUGGUAUCAUAUAGCAGGAGAAAACUUUGCUUGUCCAUUUAAGAAAUAAAAAGAAAAGAUGGAAGAAGAUGUGCCUAAUCAUAAAUUUUGGAUGAGGCCUAAAACUAAACCUCCUGAAUGUAAACCUGUAGAUUCUGCAAUGAAAGCAAAGAUCCAAAAAGAAAGACAAUAAUAUAAUGAUAAAUCAGAAUAUAAGGGUGAAUAAAAUAGAAAUAAAGAAGUGGUAAAACUUGUACUUAUGUACAAUAGUAAUUGAAUUAUAAAAACACUCUUCAGCAAAAAGUAGUUUAAUUAAAGAGUUUAGUAGAAGAACUUACUGAGAGAAAAGAUGAUAUCUAAGCAUGGUUGGAUGAAUAUAUGAAAUAAAAAGGUAUUGAACCAUCUGAGCCUGCUGAAAACCAAGAGUAGUAGGAUGCGGGGGAAGAAUCACCUCAAGAAAAUUAAGAAUAAUAGGAUUCAUCCAAUUCUUAAGGGUCAGGGGCCAGUAAUAAGGUCUAAGUGAAAAAGGAGAAAAAAUCAAAGAAGAGUAUAUUUAUAUAUUGAAAAGUUAGAAAUUGUUUAAAUCUUUGCUGAAGAAACAGCAACACCAGAGGAAGAAUAAAUGCCAGAAAGUUUAUAAGAGGAAGUUUAAGAGGAAGUAGUUGAAUAGGGAGAAGAAGAUGUGGAAUAUGUUUUUGAGACAUCUAAAGAAUACAAGGUUGAUAUACGUGAAAUUCAUGUGGAAAAAGAGAAAAAAAAGAAGAUUGAUAAAGAAGAAAUUGAGGAUAAAAAAUAUAGAGAUCAAGGGGAUAGAGAUAUAGAAGGAGAUUUAGAAACAGAUUAUUACAAAGAUUAUUAUUAAUAAAGAAAAAAACAUUUUAGAGAUUUUGAGAAGUAUUAUCCAAAAUGA